AUGAAGAUCACUACCAUCAUCAUCGCAGCAUUCAGCACCGCAGCUCUUGCCUCAGAAAGCCAAUUCCAGUUCUCGCACACCUGCGCCACUUGCCGUCACAUGACCAUUGCCCUUCGAUCACAUUCAACAAGCCAUGCUCGGACUGGUGCCAAAAGUGGCUGUGCGGAGAAGGCGAAAUGGGCCAAUGGUGUUAUAACUGGUGUGGCACGAAGGAUUGGAUGGACUGUGAAGGAGGUUAUGCUAGAUAUAGUAAGAACCACUGAGACACGUUGCGACCAUCUCGACGGGGUAGGCGGAAACCGGAAUGGGGCGCAGUACUUUCAAAAUGCUUUGCGCUGA